AUGGACGUGGACGUGGACGUGGACGUGGACGUGGACGUGGACGUGGACGUGGACGUGGACGUGGACGUGGACGUGGACGUGGACGUGGACGUGGACGUGGACGUGGACAUGGACGUGGACGUGGACGUGGACGUGGACGUGGACGUGGACGUGGACGUGGACGUGGACGUGGACGUGGACGUGGACGUGGACGUGGACGUGGACGUGGACGUGGACGUGGACAUGGACGUGGACAUGGACGUGGACGUGGACGUGGACAUGGACGUGGACGUGGACGUGGACACGUGGACGUGGACGUGGACGUGGACGUGGACGUGGACGUGGACGUGGACGUGGACGUGGACGUGGACGGACGUGGACGUGGACGUGGACGUGGACAUGGACGUGGACGUGGACAUGGACGUGGACGUGGACAUGGACGUGGACGUGGACGUGGACGUGGACGUGGACGUGGACGUGGACGUGGACAUGGACGUGGACGUGGACGUGGACGUGGACGUGGACGUGGACGUGGACAUGGACGUGGACGUGGACGUGGACGUGGACAUGGACGUGGACGUGGACGUGGACGUGGACGUGGACGUGGACGUGGACAUGGACAUGGACGUGGACUGGACGUGGACGUGGACGUGGACGUGGACGUGGACGUGGACAUGGACGUGGACGUGGGACGUGGACAUGGACGUGGACGUGGACGUGGACGUGGACGUGGACGUGGACGUGGACGUGGACGUGGACGUGGACGUGGACGUGGACAUGGACGUGGACGUGGACGUGGACGUGGACGUGGACGUGGACGUGGACGUGGACAUGGACGUGGACAUGGACGUGGACAUGGACGUGGACGUGGACAUGGACGUGGACGUGGACGUGGACGUGGACGUGGACGUGACGUGGACGUGGACAUGA